AUGGCGCGCAAAAAGUCCAAAAGGUCCGAAGUUGAGAAGAAAAGCUGGUCUCUCAACCCCGAUCUACACCACGACGUUUGCGAAAUCCUCUCGGAGGCGAACCUGCGCCAUUUCAAGUUCCACCCAAAAGAUGACCCCGAUGCCUGCGAAAGAGAAUACGACACAAAUAUCAUGGGCCGGUUUGCGUGUAAAUCAAGCACAUGUCCUUCAAAUGGCUGGUCGAGCAAAAAGAUAGCAAUCACCAUCCGACUCUACCCCGGGUCACGAUACAACGCUAGGGUUUAUCAUCAGCGUUGCAAGCGCUGUGAGGCUCUCAGCCGUCCAAAGGUGGAUGGCUCCUACGCAGAACGAGUUGCCUAUCGGAUCAAGGUUUGGAGUGGAAUAAAGGUGCAGGCGCCUUUUUACUUGAAGAAAGAGAGCAAGGUUCCACAUAACAGCAGAUUAUGUGAGGGUUGUAAAGAUGGGCAUUGCAGAGAACUCGAUGGCUAG